ACAAAGUUCUUCUCUUCAUGUGGAAGCCUCACUCAUAUCAACAGUAAAUUUAUGCACUAUAUAUAAAGUGUAGUGCCAUAACAACUAGUGCAGUUGAAAUGGCUGCUCCUGUUGCUAUAGGAACAAGGGGCACUAUUGGAUCUCUAGUAAGGAAGGAAAUUGAAUACUUCACCAAGUUUGAGUUAGAGAGAAGAGCAAGUUCACAAAAACCUCAGCAACAUUUUGUGGACAUGGACAUGGUUUCUGGCAGAAGCUAUUCCAUUUCAAGGCCUAGUUUCUGGGAGUUGCUAACAACAUGGAAGAGGAGGAAGAGAAGAGGCACAAGUGGUUUUCUUCCAAAAAUCUGUUCAGUUAUAGAAGUAGCUGAGAGUAAUAAUCACUUAAACAAGACUGCUGGUUACAGCUACAGGAUCCUCAGGAAUGAUAUAACAACUUUCAUCUCUAAGUGACUCUCUUGUUGUGUUAGUGUGCACUAGCCUUUUGAAAGGAACCAAAACUUGCAUAAUAUUCAUUUUAUGCUUCAUGUUAUGUUGCCUGACUUGGGCAACUUUUUUUAAUUUUGGGGUCAUGCUUUUCUUUCUGUCAUAUCCCGUGUUUAAUUUGCCUUUCUAUGUGGCUUUUCUGAUCUCAGAUUCAGUUUAAAAUCAGUGUUCUAUAUACAUUUGGCAGAUAGAAUGUUUUUAACUGAGGAA